AAAAAGAACUGCUUCUCCCUUCUUCCUCCUCAAAGUUCCUAGUGGAGAGCUGAACCCAGCAUCCCAGACUUGUGUGACUACACAGGCAAGCAUUUGGAGACUAACUUUGCUUUGGUUACCCUAGCCCGCAGUGGCUCAAGGUGUUGGCUUUCAGAGCAGACAGGAGGCUUUUAAGUAGCAAAGCUCUGUGCUCUCAGCAAGCCCAACACCAUGGGGAAGGGAGAUACCCAGGAGGUAGCACCACCCACCUCAGCCUACCGCUCUGUCAUGGAGGAGUAUGGUUACGAGGUGGGCAAGGUGAUCGGCAAUGGUUCCUAUGGGACGGUGUAUGAGGCUUACUACACAAAGCAGAAGGUCAUGGUGGCUAUCAAGAUCAUCUCAAAGAAGAAGGCCUCCGAAGACUAUCUCAGCAAGUUCUUGCCCCGUGAGAUACAGGUAAUGAAGGUCCUACGGCACAAGUACCUCAUCAACUUCUAUCAGGCCAUCGAGACCACAUCCCGAGUGUACAUCAUUCUGGAGCUGGCUCAGGGUGGUGAUGUCCUUGAAUGGAUCCAGCGCUACGGGGCCUGCUCGGAGCCCCUUGCUGGCAAGUGGUUCUCCCAGAUGACCCUGGGCAUCGCCUACCUGCACAGCAAGGGCAUCGUGCACCGGGACUUAAAGUUGGAGAACCUUCUGCUGGACAAGCGGGAGAAUGUGAAGAUAUCGGACUUUGGCUUCGCCAAGAUGGUGCCUUCUAGCCAGGCUGUGCAGAGCAGCCCUUCUUACCGCCAAGUGAACUGCUUUACUCACCUCAGCCAGACCUACUGUGGCAGCUUUGCUUAUGCCUGCCCGGAGAUCUUGUUAGGCUUGCCCUACAACCCUUUCCUGUCUGACACCUGGAGCAUGGGCGUCAUCCUCUACACUCUAGUGGUCGCCCGCCUACCCUUUGAUGACACCAAUCUUAAGAAGCUGCUGAGAGAGACUCAGAAGGAGGUCACUUUUCCAUCUAACUCCUCCAUCUCCCAAGAGUGCAAGAACCUGGUCCUCCAUAUGCUAUGCCAAGCCACCAAGCGUGCCACCAUCCUGGACGUCAUCAAGGAUCCUUGGGUGCUCAAGUUCCAGCCUGAGCAACCCACCCAUGAGAUCAGGCUGCUCGAGGCCAUGUGUCAGCUGCCCAGCACCAUGAAUCGUCGCCAGUCCUUGGAAAUCAAUAUCUGAAAGUGGCUGAGAGAAGGGGGUUGAGAGAGGAGCAAAGCAGGAGGAUCUGGGGCUAAAUAUUUUAUACUAAAAAUAAAUCUAAUUAUGAUUUAGUUUCAUCA